CAUAGGUCCAGGCCUCUCAGGCUCCCUAGUUUAUUGAGAACUGAUAUUUGAGAAGGUGCUUAUCAAUGCAGACAUUAGUUUUUGCAAACACCCACUUCAAAGUGCAAACACUGCCUCCAAUCAAGUAAAGUAGAUGCUGAAAUAUCAUGCUUUUCAUGCCUCUGAGGCAUCAACACCGGUCUCGGAUGAUCGUGCUGAUGAAGAAGACCGUCAUUCAACUGGAGGAUGAUGCACCGACUGCAGACCAGUUUCUCAAUGGAAAUCUACCCGACAUUCACGUCAAAAGGACUGAAGAAGAUAAGAAAUCCAGAGCGAAUGGUCAGGAUUGCCGUUGGUUACACAGGACACACCCCUCCCAAGAAUGAUGACACUGACGCCAACAAUGAGCCAGGCCAGUUGAAGAUCUACCUUCCUAAGAAGCUGCUAGAGUGUCUACCCAAAUGUUCCUCUCUGCCCAAGGAGCGCCAUCGCUGGAACACCAACGAGGAGAUUGCUGCAUAUCUCAUCACUUUUGAGAAACAUGAUGAGUGGCUGACGACAUCGCCAAAAACCAGGCCUCAAAAUGGCUCUAUGAUCCUAUACAACCGUAAGAAGGUUAAGUACAGGAAGGAUGGCUACUGCUGGAAGAAAAGGAAAGACGGGAAGACCACCAGAGAGGAUCACAUGAAGCUCAAAGUCCAGGGAGUAGAGUGUCUGUAUGGCUGCUACGUCCACUCCUCCAUCAUCCCCACCUUCCAUCGUAGAUGUUAUUGGCUGCUGCAGAACCCAGACAUUGUGUUGGUGCACUACCUGAAUGUACCGGCAGUGGACGAUAGCGGGAAGCCAUGCGGCCCUGUCCUCUGCUCCAUCAACACAGACAGGAAGGAGUGGGCCAAGUGGAGCAAGGAAGAGCUCAUUGGACAACUCAAACCCAUGUGUGCUGGAAGCAGCCUGCAUCAGAAAUGUUCCAGUGUCAAGCAGCGCAUCAUCUCAUCCAAGCAGGAGUCAGGGGCAGCAGCAGGAGGUGGAGCUGCAACGGGUAUGGGUGUAGUGGCAGGCCAGAGAGCUGAGGAAGCAGAUGGCACAGAGGUCCAGAACAGCGAUGUGUCAGAGGGCCAGACAGAGCCCAGUCCUGGAGGGGGCAGGAGCAGAGCGGGUGGAGGAGAGAGGAGGAAUGGCAGGAUAACCAAGCCCUCCCUACUCCCACAGAGCAGCAUGGAAGUGUCCUCCUCUACUUCCACCAAUCAGGUGGAAGUCCCUGACACCACCCAGAGCUCCCCAUUGUCAAUCACCAGCGACAUGGCUGAUAGCCCCGCUCUCGCUAUUGGGGCUGGCUUGUCACAGAGCACAGCUGUGUUCAUGUCUGAGGUCACCACGCUGACUGGGGAUUCGGUUUACUCUGCUGGCCACACCCACCUGCUGGCAUCCACCCAUGAGAGCACCACAGCCGGCAUCCUGUUGGCUGUUGCCCCUGAAAACCAGAGGUUUGCAUCAUUUCCUGGUGGCAUGGGCUUAGGGGAGGGAGGAGAGUUGGUUCUAUCCAGCUCUCUAGACUCUGGUGGAGGAGUCAGCCUUCCUGAGACCACCAUGACUUUUGACCCUGAUUGCUUCCUCAACAAUCCCAAGCAGGGCCAGACGUAUGGAGGAGGUGGAGGGAAGGCUGAGGGAUGCAACGGUGAUGAUGGAGGACUCCACUGUUCCUCUAACAACUUUGUCUACAACCCAGCUCUUGUCAACAACAUCAAGACAGAACCCACACCCCUGGAGCCGCCGCUGGCCGCUCAGAGCAGCUAUGUAGGAGAAGGGACAGGCCUCAGCCCCAGCACCACCCUGGAGCAGAUGGACUUCAGUGCUGUGAUGUCAUCAGCCUGUGUCCCGAAUCUGACCCAACCUGCGCACCACCCCUCCCCUGGCCUCUUCCUCCAGGCUUCCCCCCAGACAAGCCAGCCCUCCCAGCUACAGACCAAUGGUACUGAGGCGACCCAGGAAUCAGGCGAGGCCCAGGCUUACAUAGGCCUGCCCACGGUGCCAACAGACACUCCAAUCACCAAUGGAGACCCACAUACACACCUCCACCAAACCAGCCCAGACCAGCAGGGCCUUUGUGGAAGGAACGGACAAGGAACGGCGGUGGGCUCUUUUCCUCUAACACCGCAGGAUACGACCACCGACCAGUCAGGCAGCAGGGGACAUCGAGAAGUCUUAGACAAGACUUCUGAGAAUGGAGGGGAGUUGCUACUCAAGUCUGGGGAUCCCCACGAGGCCUACACGAGUGUUGACACCGAGCACUACCUGCAACCCACAGAUGGCAAUGGAGGAGGAGAGGAAGGCGGGGGAGGUGGUGGAGCAGGGGGAAGAGGGGAAAAUGAGAUUCUCUGUAAUGGUGUAAGCUUGUCAGGGGCCAGCAGUUCAGUGGUGGCCAGUCCUCAGUCAAUAGCUGCUGGUGCAAGCAUUGAGGGGACGCUUUACAGCUCUCCUCUACCUCAACAGGGUGGGGGGGUGUCAGCUACAACAACUGGGGCCAUCAGUCUGGAAGGCUUUGAGGCUUCCUUUGGAAGCCAGUUCUCUGAUCUCAUCAAUGAUUUCAUCUCAGUUGAGGGGUCUGGAGGUGGGGUGGGGGCGGCUGUGACUGGGGUUCUGAUGCCCCAGGAGGGGGCAGCUGGAGAGGAGCAGGGCACAGGAGCAGGCCACCUACAGGGCUCCGAGGUGGAGCAGGGAGCUCUGGGACUGCUCCAGGAGACUGGGAGGCUGUUUGGUGUGACAGACUACUCCCCAGAGUGGUCUUAUCCAGAGGGUGGAGUGAAGGUGCUGAUCACAGGUCCGUGGUUGGAGUCAGGCAGUGAGUACAGCUGUCUCUUUGACCACAUCAGUGUCCCUGCUGCCCUCAUCCAGCCCGGGGUGCUGCGCUGCUACUGCCCAGCCCAUGACACAGGACUGGUGAUGCUGCAGGUAGCUAUGGGUGGUGAGGUCAUCUCUUCCUCUGUGGUGUUUGAAUACAAGGCGCGUGACCUUCCUGCCCUGCCAUCUUCUCAGCAUGACUGGUUGUCCCUUGAUGAUACGCAAUUUAGGAUGUCCAUCCUGGAGCGUCUGGAGCAGAUGGAACAGAGAAUGGCUGAGAUAACCAAUCAGAACUCCAGCUCAGCAACCAUGGCAACCAAGGGUGGAGGAGUGGAGGGAGGAGGAGCCGCUGAUCAGCAGUCUCAAAUUUCUACCGAUCAGGGUUCGUUCGAGGGUCGUGUUGUAGUGGUGUGUGAGAAGAUGAUGUCUCAGCCAUGCUGGGCUUCAUCUAAUCAGCUCGUCCACAGUAAGAACUCCAGAGGAAUGACCUUACUGCAUCUGGCUGCAGCUCAGGGCUAUGCAGGGCUCAUUCAAACACUCAUUCGCUGGCGCACAAAGCAUGCCGACAGUAUUGACCUUGAGCUCGAGGUGGAUCCUCUCAACGUAGAUCACUUCUCCUGUACUCCAUUGAUGUGGGCAUGUGCUCUGGGCCACACUGAGGCAGCAUUGGUGCUUUACCAGUGGGACCCAAGAGCUCUGGUUAUUCCUGAUUCGCUGGGGCGCUUGCCGCUCAACAUCGCACGAUCUCGGGGCCACACUCGAUUGGCUGAGCUCUUAGAGCAGCUGCAACAGACUCCUCAAGCUCAGGGCCAGCCUGCUGACACUUGGAUGGACAGAUGGAGAGGAGAGUCACAGACCAGCAGAAUAAGCAACAGCCCUACCCCAAACCCUAAUUCAGAGCUUAGGAGAGCCAGGACAGAGAACCAGCCAGACAACCAUAACCCGAGCUGGAGCCAAACAGGACAUCGAGCCCAACAGGGAACCCAGGGAGAACAGGGAGGCCCACCCCCAGCCAAGAGACUCAAACCCAGCCCUGACACCCAGAAACAGCUAGCUAACUCAACCCCUGGCCCCAACACCCUCACCUCCCUCCUCAACUCCCCCAGUCCUAACCCCCAACGCUCUCUCCUCCCAAACACCCUUCAAACUCAACCCUCCAACCUCAGCUGUCAGAACGCACCUCCUGCCAGCUCCAGCCCGAACCGCUCUCAGCUCCCCAGCACUCCAUUCUCCCACCUGCAGGCCAGGAUAGGGGGGUCUGGAGGGGGCACCAGGUGGAGUCUGAGACAGAAUCUGGGACAGCGUGGCCUAGCCAGGAGGAUUCUAGGAAAAGAACGACUGGCCAUUCACCUGCGCCAAAGAGUGCUAUCUGACAGGGGAGAGGAGACAGAGCUGCUGACCUAUCAGGAUAACACAGAGGACUUGCAGAUGGACAUUACGAUGCUAGCUGAUCACAUGGAGGCUUCAACUGGUAGGCAUAAGCAGGAGGCUAUGGAGACUGAAACAGACUCUGGGAAGGUGGGGAUCAGCAGUGAUGUCAGGUUACUGUCUGGUUACCUUGGUGAGGUGGAGAGGUUUCUAAACUCCAGGUCCCAGACUCCUAGCCCCAAACCAAACUCUCUCUCAGGGCCUGAGGAUCAGCAGAGUCCUCAGGCUAAGCAAGCCCUUUCCUCCCCCUUUGACUGGACCUCCUUCCUCUGUGCAGCUAUGAAAGAGGAGAGGUUGAAAACUGACUCCUGUCUAUCCAUGACUGAGGCAGAGCAUGGGGAGCUCUAUGAGACCAUCAGGCAUGCUCUGCACUCCCUCAGAAAACACAAGGGUCCCAUUCAGGAACAACGCAAAGAGAUUGCAGCAGUGAUUCAGCGCUGCUAUAAAAGAUACAAGCAGUAUGCACUUUAUAAGAGGAUGACCCUGGCAGCCAUCCUGAUCCAGAGUCGUUUCCGGAGUUUCCAUGAGCAGAGGAAGUUCCAACAGAGUCGUAGAGCAGCGGUCCUCAUCCAGCAAUACUACCGCUCCUAUAGACACUCCCUUGGCCUCCUCACGAAAAAACAAAACCAGGCUGCUCGCAAGAUCCUGAGAUUCCUGCUCCGAUGCCGCCACAGCCCCUUGAUGGACCAUAGGCCUCUGAAACGGGUGAGUGUUCUCUCUCUCUCUCUCUCUCUCUUCUCUCUUCCCCUCUCUCCUGGUGGCUGAUGCCUGUUUGCAUGUCAGCGGAGGAAGGGGGAGAGGACAUCCUGGAUUAUCAUACUUCCCUCUCGCUCUCCCCUCCCUAUCUUCCUGUCUCUCCCUUUCUCUCUCUCUCUGUCUCUCUCCGAGGUCUGCUGAAUGAUGUUGGUACUUCUGCAUGAUUGAAAGAUAGAUAGAGGAGUGAUUCUUCCAUAGGGUCUUCAUGGGGCAUGUUCUUACUAAAAUGACUAGGGGACUUUAAGUGUCUUGCUUGGCCUGCCAGUCUUUUUUCUGUGCCUUGAUGGAUGGGAAGGUUAUAUGAUGGAAUGUGUGGGUGUGGGUGUGUGUGAGUUGCUCUGAGUAUGGCCUUUGGAUAUAAAAGUGGAAAGAAAAACAUGCACAAUUACAAACACACAAAUCUCUCUUUGAGCAUAUCUCUAAUGUGUGUUUGUUUUUCCCCAGGGCCAGAGAGCAGAGAAAGGCCAGGGGUCCUGAGAGCCCACCGCCAGUCCCCACACAUAGCCCCCUCAGCCUGUGAGCAGUCUAUAAACCCUUGCCGUCCUUCAUCUUCUCCUUUUUCCUUUCUUCCAUCCUCCAGAAAACUCCCCAUCUUUUCCAUUCCCCAACCCCUUCUCCUACCCUUUCCAUUCCUCUCCUCCCUCCUUCUGUCUCACCCUUUCUCCCCUCUUCUCUCAAGAGAGAAAAAAACUCUUCCCAGACAGACUGAGGACAGGAUAGGUGUCCAUCAUGGCAGCUCAGACAGACAGAGCCCAGGGACCUGGCUCUGCCCACAGCACUGAUCCUCCACCACAGUUUCACUGGGAGGCCAUCACAUUAACCUCAUGGCAUUCUUUGCACUCUUCAUGGGUAUGUUUCUUUGCAAAAGCAAGUCGACAAGUCAGACGGGAGAACACGAGGAAGCGCCUGAAGAUGACAUCCUGGCAUUAAUGGCAGCAUCUGGACGUGCUCCGGUGAACAGCUGGCUCAAGAUAAAGGUUACUUUGACAUGCAGAAAAUAUACAAAACAUUUCGUGUUUUGUAUCUAAACAGUAAUCCAUGAAAGAAAAAGAAAACAUAAACCAAAAAACUCUCUUCUAUGUUGCAUUUGCAUGCAAGGUUUUUCCGCUUAUUCCUCCUCUCCAUCAUCCUGAAGAUCUAUAGUGGCAAAUCAUUCUGCUGAUUCAGUAUUUCAUAACCAACCACUCUGACUCACAGGCUUACAAACCUAUUAAUCAGUCACCCGAUCAAAAGGGGAGGAACUGCACUUGAAUGUAAGAGGGGCAUUGUUAGAUAAGGGUUAGGGUCUGAAUAACGAUGUCUUAAUUUGUUACAUGGACUUUGUAUGGAGUCGUUCUCAGAGGCAGCACUUUGCUCGCCUGACGUGGUGUGUCCGUGUUUGUUCAAUUCAAUGCAUGUAUUUGAGCUACAAGCUCCUGCAUGCUUGCCAAACUGCUUUAGUGUUGUUUCUUUUGUAUUUCUAUGUGAAGUUGUGUCUCACUUACGUCCUCAUCAACUUAUCCUUGCCCUGUUUAAUGUGAACUGUGUAAGGAAAAAUUACUCAUUUUGGGUGCUUUUUUUACUUUAUUUAUUUAAGGGUCUAAUAAUUUAUUUAAUUGGCUCAAGAGUGGUUCAGCUUGAGACUGGUCGUCGUCCCCACCCCCCCCCCCACCCCCCCCGUGUGGUAAAAUAUGACAUGUUCCAAUGGUUAAAUGUCUCUGUUAGUUUGUUCUUUGCGUGAACCUCUAAAUCCUAACUGUGGUUUUGAGGAGAGAGUCACAUACCAUUGCCUUGACUUCUUCUUGACUCUGAGAGGUCUCUAUGCUUGCUCUGUAAAGGACAUGGGUCAUAUACCUGCCCCUAUACGGGGCAUUGGUCCCCAUAUUAGCCCAUAUGGGCGAUCAAAUCCAUAUUUUGGACUAUUGCAUAUUCCUGUAUAUAAACUGACGAGGUAAGGGGAUACGAGGACCCUGAAACUUUUUCAUAAGAGGACUGUAUUUAAGAUUAUAAAUUAUUUUACUCCCAUAAUGAGAACUUAAGACAGAGACCUGGGUACACAGGAUGGCUGUAUUGCUUGUAAAUAAUGUAGAUAUUGCAAAGGGAGUAAUGUGCAUGAGAUUUAAGACAAAGAAAAAGAAAAAAGAACAUGUUAGUGGCUAUGGACUGUGAGAGGAGUUUAACUGCUUCACUUUAAGAGUAUCCAGUAUAAGUGUUACUGAAAAGAACAUUUUGUUAAAGCAUGCAACUGAAAAAUCUAAUGUUAGAAUUAUAAAUGGGAAAACAAAGUUAGCUGAAACAAUGAUCUUUCAGACAAAACAUUUACACUUUGUGCUUUUGUUUCUUGGCUAGCAAAAAUGAAACCCUUUUUGCCAGUAGUGCCAAUUAUUAUGAAUGCUAUUUUUCCUAACAAUAUGUUAUGUUGGGGAAAACCAACACCCAAAAGAUAGCAGUAAAAUCCACAGAGGCAACACACACAGAGACAAUAAACAGUAGAGAUUUAGUACUAGCUCAACCAUAGACAAGUUCUGAGGUUUGCCUAAGGCAGACUUAAGUGUAGACGACGAUGAUGCAAGUAUGAAAAUUAUGACAAUGGUGAUAAAGAUGAUGAUGGCCGUUUUAAUAUGAAUGCAAUGAAUGGUGGCCCAAAACGGAUGAGGGUGCUACAUUCUUUACAAUAUGGUUGUGCUUCAGCAACAUACUAGCUUUUAUUAAGACCAUUAAUCACACCUACAGCGGAUCCAGCCUGGCCUCCAGUCAAAGCUUUCCAUCUUCAAACAGAAUGUCUCCUCCCCCCGCUUUUUACAUAUCAUUUGAUUCAUUUUUAUUUUCUCCUCAUUGCCACUGCCAUUAUGAUACGACGUCUACUUUAGACUUCUGGAAAGCUCUGUUUAGAAAGUGCCUGCUCAAUAACAGAAAAGUGCAAGCUAAUAUCAGGAAAUAUCUAUUGUAUGUCCUCCAAAAGGUUGCCAGUUACUUGUUUAUUUUCCUAAAUUGUGUGUUAAAAAUGAACUUGACAGUGUUGAACUUGAUCCGAGUCUAAGUUAGAAGCUCGUAUUUGUCAGUGGUAUGAAUGAAUGCUCAUGGCCUGAUUGAUGCUAUGUGUUGCUCUAUGAGACAAACCAGUAAUUACAGUUUCACUUUAUGCCCCACUUGUGUGUCAGUUGUGCAGUAUCAGAACAAGAAAACCAUACAAUUCAGCCUCUGGGUAUGAAAGGCACUGUCACGAGUCUAUUCAAGGUCCCAGUGUUGCUGUUGGGAGAAAGAUGCGUUCUCUAGCAGGGACUCACUUUGUCUGUCUUUCCUUAAAAGAAUGUUCUUGCAGCAUUUAAAUGAAAGCGUAACCCAACAGUUUUCCAGAGGACGAAAUAGCUGUCACUUUCUUUCUUUGUCUUUCUCUUUCACUCAUGUUCUUUCUCUCUCUCUCACUCACACACACACACACACACACACACACACACACACACACAUACAGUACACAAAUGUACACAGACACAAAAAAAAUGCCACACUCUUUCUCUCUGUGCUUAUGUCUUUGGGAACAAUUAAAUCUCUCCCUUAGAUUUUACUCAGGGUUAAAGAACAGGGAGAUGGUAUGUGGAGUGUGAUGCUCGCCGACACAAAGUUGUACCGCUACUGGUGACUGUGUAUAUUGUAUGCAUAUAUGUAUGUGUACAUAUUUGUGUAGGUUAGGGAUACUCCAGUUGUUCAUUCACUAAUCUAGUAUCUACAAAUUUUAAAAUAAUGUUCUUGAUUGACGCACUCCUUCUGAGUCUCAUUUUGUGAAGCAGCAAAUGUGAUGUUUGUUUCAUCCAAGGUGUGUUUGCAUCACUUUUUCUACAAGAAAAAAAAAACUCCAAAUCCCAUAUUUUAUAGGAUUCUGUUUGAUUCUAAACUAAAUUUAAAGCAAGUAAUGAGUGAUAUUUCUAUUUCUAUACUUGCUCCUGUUUUAAACGCACAAGAUUCUUGAUACAAGUAAUUCUUAAAUAAAAAUAGGUAAUGGCCAUGUAUCACCUCAAUUUUCUUAAUUAAAAACAGUUGUAAGAGAUAGUAUAUUUAAAGAUUUACAAUUGGACUAUCUCUAUAAUGUGUGUUUCACAUGUUUCCUCAAUUUUUUAUCACACUGAGAGAUAGCCAUGGUUAGGAUGGCACUGUCAGGAGAUUCAUGUUACGAUAGAGUAUCCUCUUAAACUGCCCCUCCUCUCACAUCAGCACAACUCAAGUCACAAAGAACACUGCUUUAGACUCCUUCAUAUAUGUUAUAUAUAAAUGCACACACAGACAAAUAUACACACACUCCAACAUCCAAAUGCUAGUGCUUAUCAACACACAUUGUAGAAUACAUACUCAUACACAUGAAACUAGACACAGAUUGCAGAUAAUCCAUCAAUAUGUUCAUGUUUUUGGAGAGGAUGGUGACUGUAAAAAGAGUAUGUAGAGUAGAAAAAGUAAAAAAUACAAUGAAGAAAUAUUGCCAUAGUAGACAGCUGGUAGACAUGCGCAGAUAUGGCCUCUGUUUUCAUAAAUCCGCCUAGAAAUGAAUGGUAUAACCUUUCAGGCCUUGUUUUGAGAGGGCGUGGCCAAACACCACAUUGCAUGCUAGAAUGGUAGACCCUUAUAGAUAAUCUAUGGCUAGACCUCUCCUUGCCUUCCUCUUCUUUCACCCCGUCUUCCCUCUCUCUCUUUCUCUCUCAUUUCCUGCUGUAUUCCCACCUUGCCUGCUGUUGUGUUCUCCAUGCCUAUCUCAGUCUUUCAUUCCUCUUUUCUUUUCUUUUUUUGUAGCCUAGUUUUUACUUUGUUUGUUUUACAAACGUGCAUGCACAAGCAUCACUAAAUUGUUGAUGUUUUUAAAAGAAUAUUUUGUUGCUGAGGCCAUGCAAAGUGUUUUGAAUAUUGCCCUUAUAUGUGGAAAAUGUCUUCUGAAUGCUUUACAUAAUUUCUGCUGUAAAAUGAAAUCAGAAUAAAAAGAAAAUUUGCACUUUAA